AUGAAGUUCCUCCAGACUGCCGCGUACGCCUUGAUGGCCAGCCAACUUACUGCGGCUGCGCCUUUGACGGAAACAGAUUCGACGAAGAGUAUCAUUGAAUUUCGCACUCCCAACGAUGCCUAUGCCGUGAAGGCCGCGUUGGAGCAACGAACCAACGUCUGCAGAAGGAUCGGCACAACUCUCCGUACAAUUGGCACAAGUCAUGCAGUCGUCAUUUUCAUGACCACUGGAUCUGACCUGGUUGAGACUGUUUGUCGUCUCGCGGGCGGUACCAACUGCGAGGAUUGGGCGAAGGCAAUCCGCCUUGGGUUCCUCCUGAUCUACGGGAUCGCCUCCGGCACCAGCGGUGCUGUGCCCGAGACCAACAUGAAGAUGAAGCGCGAAGAGAUUGGCGAAUACAGCGACGCCAUGCGAUCAUACUGGGAGAAUACUCUUAUCGACACCGGCCUUGCAUUUGACUCAGUCAGCGUCCUGCCGUUCGACGAAGAGGUGGCAGCCCUCGAGAAGCGUGACGACGCUGACCCCAAGCUUCUCGCUCGCAUUCAUUUCAGCGGUCUUGUCGACAGUGAGACGGGAAAGAAGCACGAGAUCAUUGCCAACCACUUCGAGGGCAACAAUACCGUUUUGCACCUUCCCGGCCUGAAUCAGGAGGAACUGGCAUCUCGCGACCUGAGCAAGCGAGCUAGCGCAGCAGGCUUCAAGAUCUCGUACACCACACGCAAGCUGUCUCUACUCACCCGUAGCCAUCAGUCGGAGAUGUCAGGUUUCAUUUCGGCUGCCUGGGCCCUUGCUUCGGCAAACAACCAGUUGGAAGACUACAUUGGCUUUGCCAGUACGGACCACAGUGCAAACUUUUACUACCGCAUUAUCCCUGAGCUCUACUCGUUUGGACUCAACUACGAAUCCGUUGAUAUCUGUGGUGGCAUGGCUAGCUUCUUGUAA